AUGGCGCGUCCCAGAAGCAUGUGGCCAAAUUAUGUUUGGAGAGCCAUGAUGGCUUGUGUGGUACACAGGGGGUUGGGCGCCCCGUUGACUCUCUGUUUGUUGGGAUGUUUGCUGCAGACUGUCCACGUGCUCUCUCAAAAAUUGGAUGAUGUAGACCCAUUGGUUACCACUAACUUUGGCAAGAUAAGAGGAAUUAAGAAAGAACUCAAUAAUGAAAUUUUGGGGCCUGUCAUUCAGUUUCUUGGCGUUCCAUAUGCUGCUCCACCAACAGGUGAACAUCGUUUUCAGCCUCCAGAACCACCGUCUCCCUGGUCUGAUAUCCGGAAUGCUACUCAAUUUGCUCCUGUGUGUCCCCAGAAUAUCAUUGAUGGCAGAUUGCCUGAAGUUAUGCUUCCUGUUUGGUUCACUAAUAACUUGGAUGUGGUAUCAUCAUAUGUACAAGACCAGAGUGAAGACUGCCUAUACUUAAACAUCUAUGUCCCAACUGAAGAUGUAAAAAGAAUAUCCAAGGAAUGUGCCAGAAAACCCGGCAAGAAAAUAUGUAGAAAAGGAGAUAUUCGGGACAGUGGGGGUCCAAAGCCAGUGAUGGUGUACAUCCAUGGUGGCUCUUACAUGGAAGGCACUGGAAAUCUAUAUGAUGGGAGUGUCUUGGCAAGCUAUGGCAACGUGAUCGUCAUCACAGUCAACUACCGGCUUGGGGUACUUGGUUUCUUGAGCACAGGGGAUCAGGCUGCCAAAGGAAACUACGGGCUCCUUGACCUCAUCCAGGCCCUAAGAUGGACUAGCGAGAACAUUGGGUUCUUUGGUGGUGACCCCUUGCGAAUCACUGUGUUUGGAUCAGGCGCUGGGGGCUCAUGUGUCAACCUGCUGACUUUAUCCCAUUAUUCUGAAGGUAACCGUUGGAGCAAUUCAACCAAAGGACUUUUUCAACGAGCAAUAGCUCAGAGUGGAACAGCCCUUUCCAGCUGGGCUGUUAGUUUCCAGCCUGCAAAAUAUGCUCGAAUGUUGGCCACAAAGGUUGGCUGUAAUGUGUCAGAUACGGUGGAGUUAGUGGAAUGCCUACAGAAGAAGCCUUACAAAGAACUUGUCGAUCAAGAUGUGCAACCAGCCCGAUACCACAUAGCCUUUGGACCUGUGAUCGAUGGUGAUGUAAUUCCAGAUGAUCCUCAGAUACUCAUGGAACAAGGAGAGUUCCUCAACUAUGACAUCAUGUUAGGAGUUAACCAAGGGGAAGGGUUGAAGUUUGUUGAAAAUAUAGUAGAUAGUGAUGAUGGUAUAUCAGCCAGUGAUUUUGACUUUGCUGUUUCUAAUUUUGUUGAUAAUUUAUACGGAUAUCCUGAAGGGAAAGAUGUUUUGAGAGAAACCAUAAAAUUCAUGUAUACUGACUGGGCUGAUCGUCAUAACCCCGAAACCAGAAGGAAGACAUUGUUGGCUUUGUUUACAGACCAUCAGUGGGUAGCACCUGCUGUGGCUACAGCAGACCUUCACUCAAACUUUGGUUCACCUACGUACUUCUAUGCCUUCUAUCAUCAUUGCCAAACAGAUCAAGUCCCAGCUUGGGCUGAUGCAGCUCAUGGAGACGAGGUUCCCUAUGUGCUGGGGAUCCCCAUGGUUGGCCCUACAGAGUUAUUUCCUUGCAAUUUCUCCAAGAAUGAUGUGAUGCUGAGUGCAGUAGUAAUGACAUAUUGGACAAAUUUUGCUAAAACGGGUGAUCCAAAUCAACCAGUUCCUCAAGAUACAAAAUUCAUUCAUACCAAGCCCAACCGCUUUGAAGAAGUAGCAUGGACCAGAUAUUCCCAGAAAGACCAACUUUAUCUCCACAUUGGCUUAAAACCAAGAGUCAAAGAGCAUUACAGAGCCAAUAAGGUAAAUCUCUGGUUGGAGCUGGUACCUCAUCUGCAUAAUCUCAACGAUAUUUCUCAGUAUACCUCGACAACAACGAAAGUGCCAUCCACAGACAUCACUCUCAGACCGACCAGGAAAAAUUCCACACCUGUCACGUCAGCCUUUCCUACUGCCAAACAGGAAGAUCCCAAACAGCAACCGAGUCCCUUCUCAGUGGAUCAGAGGGACUACUCCACAGAGCUGAGUGUCACCAUCGCUGUGGGGGCUUCUCUGCUGUUUCUGAACAUUUUGGCUUUCGCUGCCCUGUACUACAAGAAGGAUAAGCGGAGACAUGAUGUCCACCGGAGGUGUAGCCCUCAGCGCACAGCCACCAACGAUUUGACCCAUGCUCCAGAAGAGGAAAUCAUGUCCCUCCAAAUGAAGCACACUGACUUGGAUCAUGAGUGUGAGUCCAUCCAUCCACACGAGGUGGUUCUUCGGACCGCCUGCCCCCCAGAUUAUACCCUAGCAAUGAGGAGGUCACCUGAUGAUGUUCCUUUAAUGACACCAAACACUAUCACAAUGAUUCCCAACACUAUACCAGGGAUUCAGCCCUUACACACAUUCAACACAUUUACCGGAGGAGGACAGAACAAUACACUGCCCCAUCCCCACCCCCACCCCCAUUCACAUUCAACAACCAGGGUAUAG